CUAAAUAUCCAGAAAUCAAGUCCUUGAUGGGUCCAGACCAGAGGCUGAAGUGGAUUGUGUGCAUGAUGGUGGGGAUCCAGUUCUUAGCGUUCUACCUGGUCAAAGACUUGGACUGGAAGUGGGUUCUGUUUUGGACGUACGCGUUCGGCAGCUGCAUCAACCACUCCAUGACCCUGGCCAUUCACGAGAUCUCGCACAACACCGCCUUCGGGAACAGCAAAGCCAUGUGGAACCGCUAUUUCGCCAUGUUCGCCAACCUGCCCAUCGGUUUGCCGUACUCGGCCUCCUUCAAGCGCUACCACCUGGACCACCACCGCUACCUGGGCGGCGACGGCAUCGAUGUGGACAUCCCCACCGACUUCGAAGGCUGGUUCUUCUGCACCCGCCUCCGCAAGUUCGUCUGGAUCAUCCUGCAGCCGCUGUUCUACGCCGUGCGGCCGCUCUGCAUCAACCCCAAACCGGUCAGCCAGCUGGAGCUGACCAAUGUGGCCGUGCAGCUCUGCUUCGACGUCCUGCUGUACUGGACGUGGGGGGCCAAGCCCAUGGUCUACAUGCUGGCCGGCUCCAUGCUGGGGAUGGGCUUGCACCCCAUCUCUGGCCACUUCAUCGCUGAGCACUACAUGUUCCUCAAGGGCCAUGAAACAUACUCAUACUACGGCUGCCUCAACCUCCUCACCUUCAACGUGGGCUACCACAACGAGCACCACGACUUCCCCAGCAUCCCGGGGCGACGACUUCCUUUGGUGAAGAAGAUAGCUCCAGAGUACUACGACGACCUGCCGCAGUACACGUCCUGGGUGAGGGUCCUGUACGACUUCAUCACGGACGACACGUUGAGCCCGUACUCCCGGAUCAAGAGGAAGCUAAAGGGAGAGGUCAAACAGGAGUGACCGAAGCUGCAGGAUCCACAUGACUGAGUCCUUCUCACAUUUCUCUACCGCUUCCUGCUUCCAUUCAGCUCAGUAUGCUUUUGCACAAAAAGGCCUUGAAUUGAGGAUAAAAAGAUGUUACUGAGAUUUUUACUUGUUGCAAUACAAUUACAUUUCUGCUUCACUUCAAGCCCAUCAGAUGUUUUUGGAGUUGGGGUUGUGUUGAGUACUUCUAAAUUAUUAGUACCUGAGCUGGUCAGUGUGUGUGGUUUUUUUUUUUUUUUUUUUUUUGUUUUUUUUUGUUUUUUUUUGUUUUGUUUGUUUUUUAGUUCUGAUUAUUCUAUAGUUUAAAUGGUUGCCAUAGUAACAUUGUAUGUUAAAAUAAAAUGACUCCUGUUUUGGUAAGCUCGGUUUUGAAGCUUUCCUGUCGGUUUCAUUUCUGAUUCGUCGUAACAGUUAUAGUGGCUCUAAUAGGGCAACUGCAGUGGAAUAAUAUGAGGACCAAUGGUUGCUAUGGUGAUUUCCGUACUACAUACAAAGUGUGGUGGGGAGGUUUAUGUGUGGUGGGUCAGUAAGGUGGUUUAAACUGUAAAUCUUAAACUACAUUUGAAAAAAAAAACCCCAAAACAAACUAAAACGUAAAGCAGAUGUGUUGAGUUAAAGUCCAACUGGUUUAAACUUUAAACUUUGUGACGUGUCUCUACAAAUUGGCCGACCUUUUGACCUCCUGGCUUCUCUUUCUGGGUUCUCCGAUAUCCCGGCGCUCAGUAUUUCCAUCCCAGCAGAACCUUUUUUCUGUUUUUUUGUUGUUUUUUUUUCUUUUUUUCUGGGAUUCUGCCAGAAUCGGACGGAGCUUAGCACCGCCUGGCUAGUGGCCCUGGGGCGUAGCUGCAGCCGUGUGCAGCAGCGACAUGGACACGUUUCAUUUUAGUCAAUCAGUGAGUGAAAACUCUUUGUGUUUCUGUGUCUGUUUGUUUCACACAACCCCACCUCUGAAAAUCACCAGUGGCCUGGUGGAAGUUAAAAAAGAACAUUUAAAUGAAGACCAAUUAUUAGAGUGUUUGAACAGAUUCAGCUGUAUUGUGCUGAAGUCGAUCGUAAAUAUUCUCAGUAAUGUUGCAGAUGGAGGCUUCUCGUGCCGAAAAGCUCGAGGGGAAGCCUGCGUCCGAAUCUGUCCACCAUCUUGGUUUGCCGCUCAGAUUAACUAACCCACGCUAACCUUUGCCACAAGCAAUCUCAAGGCCUCAAUGAUGCAACUGUCCACGCUUAUUUAACAAAGGUCAAUGUGUCUCCAUGACAACACAAGUAUUUAUGGGGCUACCCAUGCACUAAAGUUCCUGAUAGUUGGCACAUGCUACAGAGGUUGUGGAUGUUCCAGUGAUAACGGAGUGGAGCUUUCAGAACUCUGACCUGUCUCAUGUCUAGAGAUGCUAACAGGCAAUAGCUGCAUCUCUGCUGGGAGACCCUCACUGCCCAGUCUACUGCUGCUGCAGGAUGCAGCGUGACCUUCAGAUGUCCUCCACCCUGAACUGCUACAUUCUAGGUCAUGGAUGUGAAGCACAGAGCAUCGUCAUGGGUGGGAUCUGUGCAAAAGAACUGAGGCUGCUGCAAUAUACUGCUGUCAGAGAUUUCUACCCGUUUCCAGAGUGCAGCUUCUUUCUCCCGACAUUCAUCACCAGAAAAGUUUACCACCUUGUUCUAAUCCUCCUCCUGAAAUUGAAGCUGCUCCUGCCUCAUUUCAUACUUUCUGUUCAAAGCAAGCUGUGACUCAGUGAACAUGAAGUCUGAACUUAUUGCCAUCGGUGCUCUGCUUGCUCAGUUUAUUGGUUUCAUGUUCAGUAUUGUGAUUUUUAACUCAAGGUAAUAAAAACUACUUGUUUUCA